AUGAUGCAUAGUCAUUUUUGUGAGGGUCGAGCAUGUUGAAGUAUAAUUUUUUUGGAUUUUUCAUCUACUGUUUGGUAUUUUUAUUGGAGUCUCAAUUAAUUUGAAUCGCACGUUACUGAACUUAUUUUGAGGGUAGCGCUUCCAACAAAAUCAGAGAUCAGAUACAAAAUUGGGUAGUACUACACUGAUCGCAUACAUCUCUCGCAAGAUAAAUAGAGAAGGCAAGAAAUAGAAAGAGUGACCUUAACUCCGUGUCAUAUCUUUACAACGUGCCAUAGCCACAAGGUCAACAACGUGUAACCCACCCCCUUUAAUCUCUUCUCACAAAAAACAAACAUAGAGAAAAAGGAAAAGAGAUUGCUGCAUUAGAGACAAUGGAUCAACUAAAACUAAAAUUUGUGGUGGAAGCCUCGGAGGCAGAGUCGAUUUCCCAGAAACUGGGGCUGCCCUCUGUCCGGCACCUUCUCCCUGUGUUGGUUGAACCAGCCCAGAGCCUUGCCCGGCCACCCAUCUCCAAUUACCACGUCGGCGCCGUUGGCCUCGGCUCUGACGGCCGUCUCUUCCUCGGUGUUAACCUCGAAUUUCCUGGCCUACCACUUAAUCACUCCGUCCACGCUGAGCAGUUUCUCCUCACCAACCUCGCUGUCCACCACUGCCCCGGCCUCCUCGCAUUCGCCGUCUCCGCUGCCCCCUGCGGCCACUGCCGACAGUUCCUUCAAGAACUCCGAAACCCUUGCUCUCUCCAAAUCCAUAUCACAUCUCAACAUCAUCAAAACGACGUCACUUUCGAACCAUUGCGUGCAAUCCUGCCCAACCCAUUUGGUCCAUUCGAUCUCCUGGAUGACGAAACUCCUUUGCUCCUCGAGCGUCAUAAUAACGGUUUAUCCCUGUUGGAUCAUGAUCGUGAUGGAGGAGAUCUGUGCAAUGGGUUUUCAGAUCCCCAAUCUAAGAGAGUGAAUGGCGUUCUGAAUUCGACCCUUGUAAAAAUUGCAGCUUUGGAAGCUGCUAACAAUUCACAUGCACCUUAUAGUGGUUGUCCAUCAGGGGUGGCAAUCAUGGAUUGUGAUGGGAAGAUUUAUAAAGGUUCUUAUGUGGAAUCUGCUGCUUAUAAUCCAAGUUUAGGGCCAGUGCAAGCGGCAUUGGUGGCCUUUGUGGCCGGAGGAGGGGGUGGAUAUGAACGGAUUGUGGCGGCAGCUUUGGUGGAGAAGGAGACCGCUAAUGUAAGGCAAGAGGAUACUGCUAGGCUCUCUCUCAAGUUGAUUUCUCCUCAAUGUCCCUUGACAGUUUUCCACUGCUGCUCUUUUGCUGAAAAAAAUGGGUGUAAAAAGGAUUGAACCGAUUGAUUGAUCCCAGUUGUAAAAGUAUAUCCACUUUGAUGAUUGAUAAUCCACAAUCCUUUUAGGAUUCA